AUGAAUCAGGACUCUGUAGUCCCCAAUUCGGAGGCUAGUGAUGAAGAGAUCGUAAUACCUCUGCAUUCGGAACCAAAUGUAUUUCCAAUCUUCGAUGACGAAUACCAGGUACGCGUCAUUCCGGGCAGUCUCGAUAACGUAGCACAGACACCUCCUGAUAUUGGAGUUUACUCUAAUAGUAUAAGACGUGCAUUGAGAAAGCGUAAAGCAAUCCAGAAGAUGCCGUAUAGUUUGGAUAGAAUACGGCAUCGGCAGUUAUUGCAAGGGUACGAUGUAUCUAAUUUCGAAUCUCUAGCAGAUCAUAUCAAUCUGCCGAGUGGUUCCCGGCAAGAUAUUACUGUUAAUACGGACAAUGGGGGCGUGCUCAAUUCGAGUCCUGUGAAGGGCGGCCUUUCACAGCAAGAACACUCGACUAUUGCGUCAACAAGGCUUCGAAGGCAUCACCAUUUCCAUAUUUCAGAUGAUGAUGAUGAUGAUGAGGUAUAUGGUAAUGCUGAACUAGACAGCGAUGAAAUUCGUGACGAGUGUCAUUCGGAAAGUGACUCGAAUCAGUUUGAUAGAUCCAGUUUAUCCUAUGAUGAUAACGUUGUUUUUAGAGGAAGGCAAGUCAAUAUCAGAACAGGAUACAAAGGUGUAUUACCCAAAAUGGCGUGGAAGAAAGCACUUGAUAACAAUACAGUUGAAAGUAAUAGACAAGGAAGAAAUAAAAAUAACCACUACGAUGAAAAUUCACGGAGUAAAGGUUUAGCCAAGAGAAAAAUAUCUCGUAGAACGUUUAAUUCCAGAGACGACAACCUUGUAAACGAAUUAAUAGAAUCGGAUGCUGAAAUUGAAGUUGGAUUCCCGGAAACAUAUCUACGGCUACAGAAUGAGCAAGAUUCAAUGGAAGACUCAAAACUAGAGGAAUAUUUUCUACAGAAAUAUGAGCCAGAACCAGAUUCAGAUUCAGAUUCAAAUCCACCAUCUUCAGCUGAUGAUAUUACUGAAAUUACAAGCCAGGGGAUCGAACUACUUACUCUAGAUGAUGAUGAAAAGACUGCGUUGGAAACAAUAAUCUUUGAACCUUCGAGCAUUGAACCUUCAUCUGCAAUAGCUAAAGAUUCUACUAGUGAAAUAGAUUUCAUGCUAACAAAGACUCAGAAGAAUCGUAGAAGUCUGGAUAGUAAACCCACAAUCCUGAAAGAUAAAUCAAAACGUACAGGUAUCCAGCGUCAUGGUAAGAAACGAGCUAGAAAUAUAACAGGAUCACGCGGGCGAGAAAGAAUAUCCAUGAUGAAUAAAGUUAGUCCUUUCAGAAAAGUUAAUUCCAAUAAAGCUACAAGGGAAAAUUCCUCAAAAAACAGCUACCGGGAGCCAUUUAGCAUGUUGGGAUAUCCAAAGGUAGGGAAGACUGGUGAUAAACCUGAUGUUAAGGAAACUAGACAAGAAAAUUCCAAGGCGGUUAACAGAGACAAAAAUACCAAGAAAAUUAAGAAUGGAAUGAAGCUUUUCACCAUCGCUCCAACUCCUAACGCAGAGCUAAAUCGGAAAGCAAUGACUUUUUCAACAGUCGUUGAAGAGCUAAGUGACAAGUUUGCUGUCCGUCCAAUAGCACACAUUGGAAGAUACAAGUCUACUUUACCUUCCAACCCUAACCUUGAAGUGAAGAAACCCACUACGAUAUUAAAUCAUUCGCUAUUAGAAGCGCUUAACAAAUCAUUGACGUUUGACUCUCCCAAUGUUAUCAAGUUAACAUUAAAUGGAGAUAAUUUUAUUGUUUCAAAGUUCAAUCAGAAUGCUGAAGAAACUCUUCGGGAAAUGUUAGAUAGCGUUGUAAAGUUUGGUGGGCCUGACUAUGAGGUGAACAGUCUUGCUAAGAGUUUGGCCGAAUUUUUGUUUUCUUGGACGUCAACAGAAGUGUACGAUAUAAUCGAAAGGUUUCAUCACGAAUUCAGAGCCAAAGUUAAUAGUUUAAGAGAACGGGCGAAGCCCAUUCAUUUUUUCUUUAUCGCAGUAUGUCAGCUUCUUUUCCUUGAAAUUAGUAGAUAUUUCUCUACUUCUAUAUCAGUCAGAAAUCAGAUACCAGAGAAGAUAACUGACCACAUAAUAUCUUUCUUUAAACUUUAUUCUAAGUGUGAGAUUAUUAACCUUUAUCGAAAUAAUGAUACAAUGACUGAAGCCAUAUCGUUAUUAAGGUUUGUCAUUGAAUACUUAAAGUGUGAGGAGAUGUUGUGGCAGAAACUACGACGGAAUAAAUUUUCACCCGCCGUCGCUGGAGUAAUAGCAAUGACAUUUAGAACCAAUAAGCAAUGUUGGAGUAUGGUGAAGGUGAAUCAGACGUAUCAAGAUGCUGUAUCUUGGAUCAAAUUUAUUGGCAUAUGUUCGAAUGAGCCAUAUGAAUGGGAAAUUACAAAUGAUCUCGCUCUUGACUUGUAUGCUUUCUUCAAAGCUCGCAAAUUUGAAGAUUUUGAGGAAGAGUCAAGAUAUCAAAACUUUCCUGUGGUGCCUCAUCUUGAAGAUGAACUGAGAGAGACCUUAUUCAAUACAUUUAUAAACAUUCUUGAAUCAUGUCGUUUCAGUACUUCAACUUUAGAGAAGCUCACACCAAUGUCAAAGAUUCAUGAUUUAAACUCACCUUCUCUAUUUGUCAAUCGAUUAAAUCUUUUGUUGACUCUGGCGUACCAAAGCACUUACAGUUACGAAAGGCAUUUUGAGGAGCUUUUGGAACAAUAUGUCUUGAACCUCGACCUUGAUGUCCAUCAAGUUAUAAUAAAAGCAAUGCUGGAGGGUUCGUUGUCAUUCUUCUCAAUUUCUCACGAGAAAAAGCAUACUGUUAAAGGUAAAUGGGUUCCCAUGUUAUGGAAGAAAGUUUCCAUUUACAAGUUGAAUUCCAUAAACAAAGUAUGGAGAAGCUUUUGGAAAAAUCUCAAAGACAUCCUUCCACACUUGAGUAAAUCCAGGGUGGCAAUACUUAGGUCGUUUCAAUCGAUUCUUCACAAUAUGUUGCUUUCGGAUAAAAAGUUAAACCAGGCAACUCAAUUAUUAGACAUAUAUGUUGAGAGUUUGGAGAUCUUGAACACUGACUGGAUUCAAACACACGUUUUACAGCUGUUGGUAUCAAAAGCGAAAGAAAACGUUACUUAUCUCCAUUACUAUUGCAAAAUAGCAAAAUAUUUGACUUGUAAGAACGCUCUUACUUGGUGGUCUUUAUUCCAUUAUAACACUUUUGAGGAUAAUGAAAGUAUAUCUGUUACCUAUUAUACCUUUCUGGCUGAGGAAUGUGAUGCAUCUACGUUCUCCCAAAUGAAACUAACGGUAUACCAAAAAAUUCUCGCUCGCUUAAUAAAACAAACUGAUCCGUCUUUGAUUAACUUAAUUAAUGUCAUGGCCAGUAGAGAUUCUAAAUUACAGAUAAAAAUACGUCAAACUACAAUGAACGAAAAUGUUAAUAUCAUGAAACAAUUCUUGCUUGCGCUUUACUCUGCUGGUUACACGACUUUAUUCCAUGCUUUUCUUAACGAUUUGAAAGAUGUCUAUUUUCAAGAUUCUGCUGAGUAUGAAUUUAUUAAAGAUAUUGUCUUGUUUUUGAAUUACAAAAUGAUUGAUACUGUGAGACUGUAUCCUGUUUUUAUACACCUGAGAUCUGUAUUUCACAUCAAUGAUGAGGAAACUGAGAACUCUGCAUUAAGGGAAUAUCUUCGAGGAUUACCAUCGGACAAUGAUAGAUUAUUAUAUCUUGUUGAAAGAGUGCUGUCAACAUUAGAGAAUAAUAUGAAUAUAACCUCGCUAAUGGAAACAAUGAAAAAAGCUGUUAAAGAUAAAUGUUUCGAUGAUGACAUUCGAACUUUCAGUACUGUACUUUCCGAGCUUCCGCUGAAGAGCCCAGAUAUCCAACUUCCUCCUCUGCUGAUUGUUUGUGUCAUAUUUCUCGAACUUCUUAAUGACAGAAUCGAGUCAUCACCUUUGAGGCCUUCUGAAGCUCGCACAGAAUCCUUUAUCGGGCUUGUUUAUUCUAUUUCCUCCAACAUACACUUUUGCAGUCAGCAAUUGACGUUGCAUGAAAUGAAAGCACCCAUGCGUCAAUAUUAUAGAUUUUUCUAUAAUCUACUAAGAAUGUCACUUGGAUUUUCCCAACAUCGUAAAAUCAAGAGUUUUCUUCAAAACGAACUAUCAGGGUUGCCAAACAUUGAAACUCUUCGCUCAUCCUCUGUUGACUGCACUUUUGUAGACUUGAAUUUUGAAAGACGUUUUACAGAUUGCCUUUCGAAACAUUCUUUCAACAAUUUUGACCUUUCGGCUGCUUUUUCUAGUUCAGAAUUUCUAGCCGUAGACAUCGAUUACAUGACUAUGAUCUCGAAUGAAUUCCUAAUAACUACGUAA